UAAUUUUUAAGAUGAGCUACAAACUUAGGCCUAACUCAAAAAUACUUAAUCGACUUGAGAGAGAAUCCCAGUCGCUUGCUUUGCAAGCGGCUGGGAAAAAGCCCUUUAAAGGGAAGAUCAAGGAUUUCAACCACAAGUUUUGGAACGAUACUGAGAAGCUAGAAACCUUUAUCUCUGCUUUAACAAAUAACCUACAUGACCAAAUUGGAAUGGAGGGAACCCAAAGAGCAGUGAAUUUUGUAGAUGGAUUAGUGAAUAAGAUGACUAGCCAAAACUCCCAGGGUACGAAGAAAGCCUCAAUUAGCAAGGCCAAAGAAGUCAUUAUAAUAGAUCCUGAUCCUGAAGACGAUAAGACUUGUAUUGAAAGUCCUCCUCUGUUUCAGAAGCCUGUUUCAGUAUCGCCCUUAUUCCCAGGAAUUAACAUGCCACCUUCUUCAAGAAUUAUCAAGAAGAGGAAACAAAUCAACCACUACCAGACCAAGAAGAGAAUCAAGAUUACCGAACAAGUAGAAGUGCCCAAGAGGAUUUCUCCAGUCAGGGAGAUCACAGAGAUUGGUAACUUCAGGACCUGGACUGAGAACGGAGUCAGGAUUAUUAAGAGCAAGGAAGACAAGACCAAGGGCUUCAUUGGCAAGCUUAAUAGCAGCUCUGGCAAGGAUAUACAGUCUGCUAUUUGGGUAGACGACUGUUACUCAGAGACCCCAAGGAGCAAGCUUAAGACCAAGAAUUUGAAAACAUCCAGGCAAGACGAUAUGGGGUUCACCUCUGGCCACUUUAGAAGAUCUAUGAGAAAUAAGAAGAAAAAAUGAUACAGAAUGUUCUUCAGUUAAGUUGACAUUUUUAUAGCAAAGAUUGCUAGCAUGAGGAAGAUAGAGAUCGGCCUUCCAGGCCUAUCUCUCUUUCCCUUGCCUAAAUAAUUCCUAAGAUUUUUACC